CAUGUCCUGGUGGUGGUUGGUUAGUUUCUUGUUGCUAUUGUCAGAUGCAGUCAACAGAAACAACUUCAAGACAUGCGACCAGAGCGGCUUCUGCAAGAGAUUACGAGGUAUGGAGGAGAAUAAGAGCGGUUACUACGUGAACCCUGAGACAAUCAAUCAAGUUAACUCGAGUUCUGUUACUUUCACUGUGAAGCACGAGAUGGAGAAACACGCUCACACUGUUAUAUUGAGGGUGCUCAAGGAUAGCACUAUACGGUUAACAGCACAAGAGAAGGAACCAGUCCACCCCCGGUACAGUCCUGUUGAUAGUUUGGGGGAGGCGCCAUUACAGGAUCAGAGCUGUACUCUCAGUAAGUCAGGUCAGACUGCUACAGUCUCUUUCUCCUCCCACAAAGCAGUGUUGAACUACAACCCCCUGCGUAUUGACGUUUACGCGCAGGAGACCCUGGUGGCGAGUGUUAACGCACGUGGCCUCUUUCACGUGGAGACGCAGCUUCUUAAACCAUCGCUAAUGUCUCGUGUAGGACAGAAAUUGUCAGAUUUAGGGAACAAAGCCUUGUCCUUAGGGAGCAACCUCAUUAGUACUUUUAAGAGUGAUCCAAGUGAAGUGAAUGAGGAAGAGCAUCAGGAAGGAGAGGAGGGCGAGAAUGAGGAGGAUGAUUUGGGAAUAUCAGCUGAGGAGAUAGCUAAAAUGGACUGGGAGGAGAGUUUCAACUCUCAUCACGACUCAAAUCCUAGAGGACCCAGAGCGAUAUCACUGGACGUUACUUUUACCGGAUUUGAUAAAUUGUACGGGUUACCUGAACACGCGGACACGCUGGCUCUCAAAGGGACUGGUAGCACAGACCCAUACCGGCUAUACAAUUUGGACGUGUUCGAGUACGAACUCGACAACCCAAUGGCCCUUUACGGUGCAAUCCCCUACGUCCACGCUCUCAGCCCAAAACACAGUGUUGGUAUGAUGUGGCUCAAUGCUGCGGAAACUUGGGUCGAUAUUAACUAUAGUAAUGAAAAGUCAAUAGUGGGGCGGGUGCUAUCCUCAAUUAUGUCAUCGGAUGAAGUCAGCAGAAUAGAUACCCAUUUUAUGUCUGAGAGUGGGCUGCUUGACCUUUUCUUGUUCCUCGGACCUACUCCUAAAGAUGUAACAAGACAAUACAGUAAUGUGUUCGGGCCUAGCUAUCUGCCACCGCUUUUUGCGAUCUCUUAUCACCAGUGUAGAUGGAAUUAUAACGACCAAAAGGAUGUUCUAGGAGUUGACGCUAAUUUUGAUAAGUACGAUAUACCAAUGGAUGUAAUCUGGCUAGAUAUCGAACAUACUGAUGGUAAAAGGUAUUUCUCAUGGGAUGCUAGGAAGUUUCCUGACAGCAAGGAAAUGUUGAGUACUUUAGCUGGUAAAGGUAGAAACAUGGUUACUAUUAUAGAUCCUCAUAUAAAGGUUGACAAGAACUGGGGUUUGUACAAAGCGGGGAAGGAUCACUCCACUUGUGGGAUUUACGUUCAAAACAAGGACGGCGGGAACUUUGAGGGACACUGCUGGCCUGGUACCAGCUCGUGGAUAGACUACACCUCGCCCUGUGCCCGACAGUGGUGGGCAGAACAAUUCUCAUACGACAAUUACCAGGGCUCUUCUCCCUCGCUCUUCACUUGGAAUGAUAUGAACGAGCCCAGUGUGUUUAAUGGACCUGAGGUGAGCAUGCCUAAAGACAACCUACACGCAGAGCAGUGGGAGCACCGUGAUGUCCACAAUAUAUACGGACACUACAUGCACAAAGCAUCUAGUGAUGGACAAGUUCUCCGAUCUCAGAAUACUGCUCGCCCCUUCGUGCUGUCCCGAGCGUUCUUUGUAGGAUCCCAUAGGAUAGGACCCAUCUGGACGGGGGAUAACUACGCCUCGUGGGAGCACCUCAAGAUGUCCAUCCCAAUGUUACUCUCUUUAAACGUAGCGGGAUACACCUUCGUGGGGGCGGAUGUUGGGGGUUUCUUCGGGAGCCCAGCCACGGAGCUACUAGUUAGGUGGUACCAGGUUGGAGUAUUACAACCCUUCCUUCGCGCUCACGCACACAUUGAUACCAGACGCCGGGAACCCUGGUUGUUUGGUGAAGAAAACACAGCUUUGAUAAGAGAUGCACUUAUCCUGCGUUAUCAGCUUCUACCUUACAUUUAUACCCAAUUUUAUAAAGCCUCUGUUGAUAAUUCCCCUAUUAUGAGACCGCUAUGGUACGACCAUCCCUCCGACACCUCCCUUUACUCAAACCAAGAAGAGUUCCUGCUGGGAGACAGUCUGUUAUCUUCACCUGUCCUGGAGUCCAACGAGAAGAGUCAUUUGGUUACUCUCCCUGGUCCACAGGUCUGGUACGAUUAUCACAGUUAUACUAAAUACUCUCCUGGAACUAUGCACAUUUCUGUUAAGCUAUCCUCUACUCCACUCUUUAUUAAAGGAGGAAGUAUAUUAUUAACUAAAAUGAGAGUCAGACGGUCUUCCCAAUUAAUGGAGUCUGAUCCAUACACUAUUAUCGUGGCUCUUGAUAACAAGGGUGAAGCGAAGGGUGAAGCGUAUGUUGACGAUGGCAAAUCGUUCGACUACAAAAACAACAAGUUUAGUUUUCAGAACCUCAGCUUCACGGGCAAUAAACUAUCGUGCCGGUCUGGUGUAAAAGAGGCUCAUUACAAGUCAGCCGGUGUGGAGAGAGUAGUUAUUCUGGGAGUUGAUAACUCGCUAUCUGCUUCUCAUAACGGAAGUCCGAUAAUCUCAACUUUCAGCAAAUCCUCACACUCGAUUACUUUAAAGAAACCUAACCUUGUUCUGUCCGACGAGUGGGACAUUGAAUUUUCUUGAAAAUCUUAUUGUUAGCCGAAACUUAAAGGUAAUGAUUAUAUACUAAUAUGAUGUUUGUGAUUGUGAUUAAUAUUGUGGGGGCCAGGGGGAUGUUUAUCAUAUAUUUAAUCUUCAGAAAGGUCAAGAAGAUAUUGCUUUAUUAAGUAAAUAAGCUAUUUUGGCAUCUAAUGGAGCAAUGAUUGUUGACAAUAGUUAGUUUUCUUAGUAUGAUUUAAAUCAUCGAACUAUUGUGGUUAUCGGCGUUUAGUUUAAUAAACAUAUUUUUGUAUUUUUAAUGAGUUAUUCAUCGAAUGGGAGUACUACAAACGUUAUAGUUUUGAGAAUAUAUAUUCUCUUUUUUUUUCAAUUUUAUCAAUGUAUUGACUUACUGAAGUCUUGAUUAUGACUAUGUCAUGUUUUCAAUAACCUCUUCGUGGACUGUUUUAAAUGUGUUUGACUCAUGUUAAAAGUGUUGCACGUGUCAACAUGUUGAACUGUGUUGACCCUGUUGAAUUUGUUAGCUUAGCCAACAGAGUAAGAAUUAUUGUUGAACUUAUUUGCGGUCUAGGAAAACAGUUUAUAUAGCUCGAGAUUGUUAAAGUAGAAUUUAAGUUAUUUAUGAUGAUUUACAAUAUAUUGGUAUUUUAUUGAAUAA